GGGGCCGGAUUGUACGCGGGCGCAGGACAGCGCCUGGGGCUUAGAGAGCCCUGAGGACCUGCGGGCAGCGGUGCCGGCCGUCCGGCGAACCGACGCGCGGCGGGGGAAGAGCCCGGGCGGCCGCCCCAAGCCCUCGCACACGCCCAGCAGACGCGGAGCACCUGCGGCUUCGGCGCUCGGCGGGCAGCGACUGCCUUUCCCGCGGACAGGUCACAGCCGCUGCUGCCGCGCAGCAGCAGCGCGGGAGCGCAGCCCAGCCCAGAGACUCCGCGGGGAGGCGCGCAGCCUGCGCGGGUUCCCCUGCGGGGCGUCCGCUCCCCGCCCCGCCGCGGCGCUCCCUGUCCCUCCCUCCCUCCCCGCAGCCACCUCUUCUCCUGGCCGCCGCUUCCGAGCCGUCCCGCGGAGCGGCGCGGAGCCUCCGCAGCAUGGCGGGGCGGGCGGGCGCGCUGUGGCUGUGCGCGGCGGCGGUGCUGGGCGCGGCGGCGGAGCUGCGGCUGACCCUGCUGCACACCAACGACGUGCACGGGCGAGUGGAAGCGCAGGGCGCAGGGACGCGGAGCUGCGCGGGCGCGGAGGGCUGCUUCGGCGGCGUGGCGCGGCGGGCGGCGCGGGUGGCAGCGGAGCGGGCUGCGCACCGCAACGUGCUGCUGCUGGACGCCGGGGACCAGUACCAGGGCACGGUGUGGUUUUCCCGCUUCAAGGGCCAGGAGGCGGUCCACUUCAUGAACCUCCUGCGCUACGAUGCCAUGGCUUUGGGGAACCAUGAGUUCGAUGAAGGUGUGAGCGGGUUAUUGGAUCCUUUUCUUAAAAAUGCUAAUUUUACAGUUCUGAGCGCGAACAUUAAGGGUAAAACCCCAUUAGCGAAUGAAAUGAUGAAAUAUGUUCAUCCUUUUAAAAUAGUACGUUUUGACUCAGAAUCAGUAGGAAUUGUUGGUUACACUACAAAGGAAACUUCUUUUCUUUCACAGCCAGGGGAUGAUGUAAUCUUUGAAGAUGAAAUUGAAUCAUUACAAGUACAAGUGAAUAAACUUACUGCCAUGGGAGUGAACAAAAUAAUUGCACUCGGACAUUCUGGUUUUACUGUGGACAAAAAUAUUGCCCAAAAAGUGAAAGGAGUAGAUGUUGUAAUUGGAGGACAUACAAACACAUUUCUCUAUACAGGCACCCCACCCUCGACUGAACAGCCAGCUGGCCCGUAUCCAUUCAUGGUUGACUCAGAUGAUGGGAGGACGGUGCCAGUUGUACAGGCUUACGCUUACGGAAAAUAUCUUGGUUACUUGAAUGUUACUUUUGACAAGAAAGGAAAUGUAGUCGCAGCAGUUGGAAACCCCAUUCUGCUGGACAGCAGUGUUCCUGAAGAUGAGCACAUUAAAGAAGAAGUGGAAAAAUGGAGGAAAAACCUGGGGAAUUAUUCUAAAGAGAUUGGAAAAACUAGUGUUUACCUGAACGGUACAAGCCAAGCGUGCCGUUUCCAAGAAUGUAACAUGGGAAAUUUGCUUUGUGAUGCUGUGCUUUAUGAGAAUGUCGGACAUCCGGAUAAAAAGUCAUGGAACCAUGUUUCAAUGUGCAUCCUGAAUGGAGGCGGGAUACGGUCAGCCAUUGAUGAACAGAGCGCUAAUGGUAGCAUCACUGUGGAAGAUUUGCUGUCUGUUUUGCCAUUUGGUGGUCGUUUUGAUUUGGUAAGGGUAAAAGGCUCCACUCUGAAAGAAGCUUUUGAGCACAGUGUGCACAGAUACGGAAGUGGAAGCGGAGAGCUGCUGCAGGUUGGAGGCAUCCACGUGGUCUAUGAUCUCUCCAGAGCCCCAGGAAGCAGAGUUGUUAGCUUAGAAGUGCUUUGCACAGCCUGCCGAGUCCCAGCCUACGUCCCGCUCCAGAUGGAUGAAAUAUACAAUGUGACUCUUCCGUCCUAUAUGUUAUUUGGAGGAGAUGGCUAUCAUAUGCUGAAAGACAAAAAUCUGGGAUACAGUAAAGGUGAACCUGAUAUUGAGGUUGUUUCCCGUUACCUCCAGAAAAUGAAGAGAGUUUACCCAGCAGUUGAAGGUCGAAUCAAGUUUUCUUCUGGAAGUCUUACUGAAGGAAGUCUUACCUUGAUUUCUGUAUUGUUCACUAUAACAUUCUUGCAUACUUGAUUUUUGCUAUGUUUUCGUUUAGAGGAAGGCAGGAGAUGGUGCUGACAAAGGGAAGAGAGAACAGUUCUCUUUUCUUACACCUUAAAAUGAAUGAGCACUUGGGUUUCUGCAUGUCAACAGUAAGAAGCACAAGCAAUUGUCUUUAAUCUGGUAGAGUCAUUGAAGCACGCGGUGCAGAAUUCGUGACUUAGUUUGAAGCAGCAGAUACAAACCAACUCGCAUAACCCACAAUUCAAUUUGAUGUUUCAAGAAGCAAAGUAUCAGUGAAUACUAAUGCUCCAUCAUAAAACAACUGCUGACUGAAAUGGGGUAUUUUUAACUUGCCAAAUUCUUUUAGCUGCUUUAGAUAGUAAGUUGAUUAAGAAUCUGAUUCCAGUAAUGUAAACAAGCUUCUAGAAAUGGAGUUAUUUUAGGUGUAUAUACCUUUCUUUGAUCUCCACUCAGGGUUAAAGCUUUCAAUCUAAUAAUUCAACUUUGCUUCCAGUCCUAUUUAUCAUACCUACACCAAUGCCUGAACGAGCUGGAUUAAACUCGGUGUCAUUAAAAGCAUGAGGUCCAUUUACAUGCAAUUAAAUUUUUUUUUUCCAUUUUACCUUAGAAGAUGCAGCAUCUCAAUUUUUUAGUUUUCCAUUAACAAAAGAUGCAAUGAAAGCUUGAUUUCCUUUUGAUCAAUUUUAACAAAAUGAGUACAUAUAUUUCACUACUUAAUAUGACCGGUUUGGGGACUGUAUCUAGAGAACACAAUCUAUGAUUUUGUUUCAUAUAAAUAUGCUCAAUUUUACACCUUUUUCCAAAGACCAAAGCACAGGACUCUUGACCGUUACUCCAUAGCAGCAACAUUCAGGGAGAACAUUGGGUGCUCGCAUUGACUCCUGCAGCACUGUGGCAACCUUCAGAAGUUGCCCGGUAAUGGGACUUUUUGCAGCAUAACCUGGCCUUAGCUGAACUGCGAUCAUAACUCAAAAGCUUGUCUCCUCUAUGGGAACGCUGUAUUUAAAAAUAUUUUAAAAAUAGGCAGUUGUAAGAGGCUAGAGUAUAAAACCAGAAAUCGGAUUAAAUGCCAAGUGUAAAUUUCUCACACUUUAUCAACAAGUGAUUGCUUAUAAACGAGUGCAAACGAUGAUUAUUUCUCUAAGAUAAUUCACAUUUGGAAUUUUGACAUCAACAUGUUUCCAUGUUGUUUCUUCCUGUGUUAAAUUGAUUCUCAGUGUUUUGAAUAAACCUGCUUUGUUUCUCUGGAAAGUGCACUACACUUUUUUCAGACUCAAGCUACUUGCCUCUCAAAUUCACUGCACCUGCAGAUUUCAAGAAGAAGGUGCAUGAAGAUACACAUGCAGUAUGCUUAAAUUUCAAGACCUCAUUUGUUUCCGCAUAAAUUCAAGGGUUGGGCAUGAAAAGAUCUGGACCACACAGGUGCAUUAGGUAAGUUGUGUCAGAACAGGGAGACAAACAACUGACCUUGACACACUGGUAGUUAUAACCUGGCAUUGACGAUUUGUGAAUACCAGUCCCUAAAGUUACUAAUUUACAGAAUGAGCUUCCCCAAAUCAACAUAAAACCAGUAACAGAGAGUGCACUUACGUACCCGCACACCAAUUUUUAAAGAGUUACAACAAUUCCUUUGGCAUACCCAGAGAAAUAACACCUUUUUGUAUACCUUUUCCUUCUGUUUGUCAAAGUCAUAGAUAGAUAAUGCAAAUUGUGCUGACAAAGAACACGAAUACUGCAUUAGAUUGGUUUGUUUGAAAAAAAAAAGGAGAAAAUGGGUGUUGUCGGAAAAGAAAAAUGGAGGAAUUCCUAUUCAAAUAUCUGUUUUGUUCUGUGAGUAAAACUUGUUAAAAAAUGCACACAUUGAAGUCCUUUUCAAACCGUCUUUUAUAAAGGCUGGGCCAACAAAUUAAGACUUACAGGAAAAAUCUUCCACAUUUAUACUAAUAAAUUUUUAGAAAAUGCUCUGAA